UACAUUGUCGUCGACGGUCGACGAUUUCACAGCUCCUGACGGCCCUGUUCAUAUCCCUCUAUUUAAUAAUAGCACACAGAACUGCAACAGCACAGCCAUGUCUCUUUGGAACAAGUUACGACCGAUGAUAUCCUCAGGAAGCUCUUCCGGUAUGGCCAAAGUUGGAUUUGCCUUGGCAACGGCGUUUGCCCUUGGCACUGCCUCCACCGUAGCCUUUCCAUCGCCAUCUGCCACUACGGGAAGAAAAGAGGAAGCGCGCCGUUGGAAUGGGCCCGUGUAUGCACCGCUGACAGCUAGUAGAGUAUACUGCGAGGCAGCGGCGCAUCAAAAGAAUGGCGAAAGCUUGGCGAGCCCGUCGUCGGUGCUGUCAGAAGAACUCAAUGCUUCCAACGAAUACGAGCUAAUGAAUCCUCCCUCCCGAAUGGAUUUGAACAGCCACGCCGUGGGUCAACUGCUACAACCAGGCAAAAUUGAACGAUAUGAGAUCUAUAAGAAGAAGAAUGCAGCACCCUCCAUGGACGCCAAGGAUCUUCAUGUUGUAACUGCAUUGGUAGACUUUGGAGACUCACUUGACGGGCACCCCAAGGUUGUCCAUGGAGGGAUCUUGGCUUUGGUUUUGGAUGAUGUUUUUGGCUUUUCGUUUGGAGCCCUUGGUGUCCGCUAUGCAGUGACAGCGAAUCUGAAUCUAAAUUUCAGAGCACCCACUCCGGCAGGAACCAGUGUCAAGAUUCAAGUAGAGUUGGAGCGAAGAGAAAACCGCAAGCUAUACUUUAAGGGUGAAGUCACCUCGUUGGAUGGCAGUGUGAUCUAUGCCGAGUCGACUUGUCUGUACAUCAUUCCGAGGUCAGUUUGGGAAAAGAUGAACAACGGGGAGAGCUGAGGCAUGGUUGCCAUUUAACAUAGAUAAUAGAGCAUAUCUGCUUCUCCGUAAGCAAUCUAGCGGUUGCCAGAUCUAGGAUACCGUUUACCUCCCU